UCUGCUUCAGAGCGGAUUCGACCGCCAAGUAAGUUACAUUUUGCCAUGUCACGAUAAAGAAGUUUGAGACAGUUUAUUUAUAGAAAACUGGAUUGGCGUAGGCACAGAAACAUAUGCCGCUGGAUAUAUGAUCUGAAAUGAGAGCCUGUCGUGUUGUUUGAACGUAUUUCCCUGUGAUUUUUGAGCCGCUGUUAUUACUGUAUAGCUAAUGUUACACAGUGAAGCCAGUAGCCUCAUGUUUUCCUCAAGCCAGGAGGAGCACUGCGCCCCGUCCAAAGACCCGGUGAAAUACGGGGAGCUGGUGGUUCUUGGGUACAAUGGCUCUCUGCCCAAUGGAGACCGGGGUAGACGGAAAAGCAGAUUUGCACUGUACAGGAGGACCAAAGCCAACGGUGUGAAGCCGAGCACCGUGCACAUCCUCAACACACCCCAGGCAAGCAAGGCUGUGAACUGUAAAGGCCAACACAGCAUCUCCUACACGCUGUCCAGGAACCACACGGUAGUGGUGGAGUACUGCCAUGACAAAGACACAGACAUGUUUCAAAUUGGGCGAUCCACUGAGAGUCCCAUAGACUUCGUGGUGACUGACACAGUAGCAGGCGGCCAGGAGGGGGAGGAGACCCCCAUAACACAGAGCACCAUCUCACGCUUUGCCUGCAGGGUCGUCUGCGAGCGCGUCCCACCUUUCACCGCUCGCAUCUACGCUGCUGGUUUCGAUUCUUCCAAAAACAUCUUCCUUGGGGAAAAAGCUGCAAAAUGGAAGAACCCGGACGGUCAUAUGGACGGACUGACGACCAAUGGCGUGCUUGUAAUGCACCCCAGGGGGGGUUUCACAGAGGAGUCCAAGCCUGGCGUGUGGAGAGAGAUCUCUGUUUGUGGCGACGUUUACACUCUGAGAGAGACCCGCUCGGCGCAGACUCCAGGCAAACUGGUGGAGCAUGAGAGCAACAUCCUGCAGGACGGCUCCCUGGUGGAUCUAUGCGGGGCCACUCUGCUGUGGCGUACUGCAGAAGGCCUCUUUCACACUCCCACUCAAAAGCAUCUGGAGGCCCUCAGGCAGGAGAUCAACGCGGGGCGCCCCCAGUGCCCUGUAGGUCUGAACACCCUCGCCUUCCCCAGCAUGCAACGCAGCCGCGCCCUCUCCUCUCUGGAGGAAAAACAGCCCUGGGUCUACUUGGCUUGCGGCCACGUGCAUGGCUACCACAACUGGGGCCACCGCUCAGAACAGGAGCCCAACGCUCAGCGAGAGUGUCCCAUGUGCCGGGUGGUCGGGCCCUACGUGCCGCUGUGGCUGGGCUGCGAGCCGGCCUUCUACGUGGACACAGGGGCCCCGACCCACGCCUUCGUGCCGUGCGGACACGUGUGUUCUGAGAAAUCAGUGAAAUACUGGGCGGAGAUCCCGCUGCCCCACGGCACCCACGCCUUCCACGCCGCCUGCCCCUUCUGUGCCACCCAGCUGGGCCUCACUCAGGGCUUUGCUAAGCUAAUCUUCCAGGGCCCCGUGGACUGAGCCCAAGGGUCCUGCUCCGGCAGAGAAGAUCAGACAGGAAUGCCAACAUGCUGUGAAACUGUUGAAAUUAUUUUGUGCUUUCUUUGGUUCAUGUAAGCCAGCUGCUGAAAGACUUCUGGUCAUAUACCGUGGAUCCUGCACCACAGAGAGCUGGGACAGAUUGCUCAGGGCCACUGUGACAAACAGGGACGUGGAGCACACUGGACCACGCGCUGCUCCCCCAGGAUAGAAUACCAUUUCACCUGAGACUGCUUUAAAGACGAUUGUUUUAUAACAUCACUGCUGGUUUCCAUCGGACGGCCUUUAAAUUAAGGUCGUAGAAGGAAUGAUUUUAUUUUAUUCACCAGACGGACCCUGAUAACAUAUUUAGGUCUGUUGUGUGAUAGAAAGGUGGGAGGGUUUCUUGUUCAAUUCCUGGUGGGUCUGAGGUUUUUAGAGAGCCAGACAGCUGGACUGUUGGCUGGGAGAGAGCUGAGAGAAUCUAAAGGCGAUCUGGUUAAGCGCUCCCCAUCGCCCUGCCGGCCCUGACCCCUUAAAGGCAUCUCGAUCACGUAGCUCUCUUGGCUUCCAUUUGCUGAACAAACCUUAAGGAGGCGGGGGGGAAAUACUUUUUGUGUACAGAGAUAUAAUCCAGUGCCUCAAAUCCCACCAAACCGUGGGACUAUUUUUAAUAAAUGAGAGAAGAUAUUUUGUCGAAGGCAAAGGGAGAGAUAGUUUUUGCAUACAUAGGGAGCCCACAUGGAUUCUUCAACACGUUUUUACCACAGAAGAGCUAUUUUACUACACUGAGGCCCUUGUACUGUUUUGUAAUGCAAAUGUUAAUAUAUUUUUCUCCUGCAUAAAUGAUGUGUGAGUGUGUGUGUGCCUGCGUGUGUGAUUGUGUGUGCGGGUUGGACUGUGUGGGCAUCAUUUCACCCCAAUCCCCCUUUUUUAUGAGCUCGCCCACAACCCAAAACACUACCAGAGAGAAUACAGGAGUCGAACCCACCUCGAAAGGGUUUGAUAAUGAAUGUACGAAUAACUCUACUCGCUGGUGGUGCUUCAAUUCUACACCGUGCUUUCUCUAUGGCUCUGCUUUUAAAGGCCUAUUCGCAGUAAAAGACAACAAACUACCACAUGCAUCCACCUAGCUCGUUGACUAGCUGUGCCCCACACACAUGUACUGUAUUCUAACUGCACUGUUGUUAGCUUUAUCCCACGCUGGGUCUGAUUCAAUGAUUUUGUACGCUGUCAAACCUGGGCACAGUCUCAGCAGCAUUCAGAGAUUAUACCAAAUAUAAGGAGUUGUUUUUUUUGUUUCCACACGCAAGAUGUAACGACCAGUCUCUCCGAUCCAAAGUGUUUCUGUAAACAGUCCUAAACCCAAACUGCUGCUAUCGUGGAGUGUUGACAGCUCUGGAUUACAGUCGAGGCUGUUCAGCUGCUCACAACCAGCUCCGUGGGAAUAAUGAUAUUAUCGCACACCAUGCCAAAAUUGGUCAUUUCUAUUGUGUGUGGAUGAGGUGUCCAAAAGAAGUAGCAGAUGAAUUGAAACUGAAGAAUCUGGGACAAAUCUGCAUUCUUCUGCGAUGUUAGCUUACCAGACUGUGCCCAUAUGUAGAGUGAAUGCAUUAACUGUGGUUGAUCAAAGACAAUAUUGAGCAUUAAAUGUAUGAGUUGAUCGUAACAUUUUUUAAUAUAGCAUUCAAAUUUGUUUUGGACGCGUUAUGAAUCCAGUUUAAGGGCUCAUGACUUUCCUUACAAAGAGAAACAUACCUAGCAUUCUUACAAACGUCAGCAGCAUUACGCUCCUUGCAUACCACAUUUGUGAAUUCAGAUUUUAUGUAACUGCCGAGCAGGGUCAAGUAAGCCACAUAUUGUACGGUUGCAUUCCUCUCCAACACUUUCAGCUCUAACACUGUGCCCGUUGCUUAAGACCGUGUUCUGUAACAGCUGCAGAGUAGCUGCCUCAAACAUUCCUCCUCGGUAAACAUGGGUGGGGCCCUCAGUUCACCCAAGGGCUUGUUCUGUGAUUCUGUCUCACACAGGAACUCUGUACACAAGCCAUAGAACGCACUGAUGCUCCCAAUGCCUCCUUUGCAAAGAAUAAAAUAUUUUUAAAAAGA